AUGACCCGCGGCUUCGCAACCAUCACGCCCGAAUGCGAGGCUGCAUUCGACGCCGUCAAGGAAACCGACGACCUUAAUUACGUCAUUUAUCAGGCCUCAGCACACGACAAGAAGAUCACAGUCGCCGAGUCAGGCAAAUACGAGGACUACGCAGAGUUCGUGGCUCAUUUCAAGGAUGAUACACCUCGCUACGCGGUCGUGGAAUUGAGUUAUGAUUUUCCCGGUGGUGAUAAACCACGUCACAAGUUGGCUUUCAUUACAUGGGUCCCCGAAGGAGCGAGUAUCCACGAUAAGAGCUACUAUACUUCCAACAAGGAUCAUCUUUAUCGCGCACUUCUAGAUAUCAGUCUUCAUGUACAGGCGCAUACUCAGGCGGAUCUUGCUCAUGCUGCAAUUCUGAACAAGUUCAAGGCUCUUUGA